UUAAAAAUGCACGUGUUCUCUCCAUCAUACUCUGAAAUUUUUUCGCAUAAAAUUAAACGGUGUCGAUUUUAAGAGGGUGCAAAUGCUCUCGGCAAGGUCAUAAAUUAAGAAAGAUGGUAUAAUUCUCAGCGUGCAAUUACUACAGCGUUGUGAAACUCUUGUUUAUAUUUUAUUUCCUUACUACCUCACAAGAUUUUCAGUCGGAUCUCAGUAUUAUGUCGGAAUUUUAAGUUUGUUUUGCCUUCGUUUCUACAAUUAUCUCCACUCUCGUUUGUCAGAGACUGUCAGGAGCAAGUGCGGUGUGUGGCAUACUGACAAAUGAUGAUUGGUUAGCAGAUGGAUUCUAAUGGUUCGCAGUGAAGUUUUGGUUCAUAAUCCAAGAUGCCCAGCAUCCAAAACGUCGUAGAGAUCCCCUCGCUGACCAAGCUGAUGGUUUUCGUGGCAUGCGCCGCCUCGAUCAUGAGAACCGGAGUCCAGGCUGUUUGUUGUGCCGCCAUUUCACAUGCUUUCCAGUCGCCUUUCGACUACUGCGGAGGGACAAGGUACUACACGGAGGAGGGGAAGUUCUGCUGCGGUGUGGGCUCCUGCAACAUUUUCUGCUGCAACUGCAUCGGGGGCUGCGUCAAAACGGAGAAGUUCUCCGGGAGCUACAGCGGCUGGCCCGGCUUCCUUUUUAAGCGUCGCUACGAUUGAUCACGACGGAAAAGAGCCUAAAGUGGAGUCUGCGAUGAGCCUCUGAACACGUAAGAAUACUGAUAACCGUGGCUCACCACAGAAAUGUACCCACGAUUCUCAUCUGUAACGCGGCGGUGUCGACCCUAGUGACACAUCGGAAGAACAACAUCAGAGCUGUCCAAGUCGAUCCAUUCUUUAUGGGCUCACGCUGAAUGCAGUGCCCGAGCGAAUGCUUCCUUGCGUGGAGUUUCCUGAGGGAGAGCUUAAGACAGCAUUGCGUAAUCGCCUAGAAAGCUCUUGUUUUCGUAGCCCGGCGUGAUCAUUUGCCAAAUCUAUCGUCCACAGGACAGGGGCGGAUCCAGCAAUUUGGCAACACAGGA